CUGUUGCAUGUCUUGUCCACUUAGGCGGGCUGGAUCGUCAUCCAGUGGAGCCGAUGUGUGCAUGGCCCAAGGCUCCUGUGCAUCAGAGCAAGGCUGGUGGUGGAGGUGGAGUUGUUCCUCAAAGUGGGUUUGUUGGUGUAACUGACAAAGGAGCUGUUGUUGUUGCUGCUGUAGCAGUUGCUGUUGGGUCUCCUGGUCAUGGUGCAUUUGAAGUCGGUGUUGGUCCUCCUGCUGGCGGAGGAGAAGGUGGUGUUGCUGCUCUUGUUCCUCAUGUCGGUGUUGCAGUUGCUCGCGUUGCUCCUCCUCCUGCCGGCGGAGGAGAAGCAGGCGUUGCUGCUCUUGUUCCUCGUGCUGGUGCUGCAGUUGCCGUUGCAGCAAUUGCUGUUGAGCCUCUUGCUCGCGUUGGAGCUGGAGGCGGUGCUGCUCCUCCUUUCGCUCUUGCUCUUCAUGUUGCCGUUUGAGCUGUUGCUGGAGCAAUUGCUGUUGGGCCGGCCGGUCGACUUUGAGUGUGAGCUGUUUGUGGGAGUGGUUGUUUUGUUGGCCGAGGCCCAGCUGUUGGCGGUCCUGGUCAUGAAGUUGUUGGGGAUGAUGCUUAGAGUGCCAUGGGGCCUGAGGUCGCUGUGCUCCUGGUGUCGUGAGGUGUGUGAUCUUGCAGGUGUUGGACCCAAGGUUGCAGAAAGGGGGCCCCUUUGAUGUUGUUAAGCAAGGAGUUUGCUUGAACCCACAUUCCAUGAGGUGACACCGUC